GAUCCAAACAGAUCAUAAGCCACUUAAGUUCAUAAUGGACCCGACGAAAGCCAUACCUGUGACUAGCGCUGCUCGGAUCCAAAGAUGGUGUCUCUUCCUAGGUGCUUUCUCUUAUGAAAUAGCCCAUCGUGGAACGAAGGAACAUGCUAACUGUGAUGGAUUGUCUCGACUUCCACAAGUAGUAGCCCCGGAGGAUCACAGGGAUAGUGUCGGAUGUUACUAUGCCUCCUUGAUAGACACUCUUCCAGUUACGGAUAGAGACCUCAGAAGCGAGACACGGAAGGAUCCUCUCCUGAGUCAGGUACUCAMCUUAGUUACAGAAGGCUGGGACACCUUGGAGACAUCGCCGGAGCUGAAGCAUUAUGCAACCCGAAAGGGGGAGCUAGUAGUCCAUGAAGGCAUUCUAAUGUGGGGAAGCCGUGUGGUCGUGCCGACUAAGCUGAGAGGGARAGUUCUAGARAUUCWACAYGAAGGUCAUCUCGGGAUGGUAAAGAUGAAGGGCCUUGGUCGAAGUGCUGUCUGGUGGCCGGGAAUCGACAAGGAAAUUGAGGAUCAAGUUAAGCGUUGUGUUGGGUGUCAACAAGUUGCAAAUGAUCCUACGCCUGUACCACUACAUCGAUGGGAGUAUCCGGCUGUACCUUGGCAGCGYAUACAGGUAGACUUCGCUGGUCCAUUCAAAGGCAACAUGUUUAUGGUUGUGGAGGAUGCCCAUAGUAAAUGGCCUGAAGUGUUCUUGAUGAAGAACAUCACAGCUGAAGAGACAGUGAAAACACUCCGAACACUGUUUGCCAGAAUGGGAAUACCUGAACAGGUAGUAUCAGAUAACGGYCCUCAGUUCACAUCUGCCGAGUUCAAGAACUUCAUGAAUGUGAACGGUAUCAAACAUGUGAUGGGAGCUACCUAUCACCCAUCCACCAACGGACUUGCUGAACGUUUUGUACAAAGCUUCAAGCGAGCGGUCAAGGCAGAUCAAACCAACAGAGAGCUUCAGUACAAGCUUGAUCGGUUCCUAAUGGCGUACAGGACRGCUCCACAUUCUACCACCGGACAAAGUCCAGCACAACUACUACUGGGAAGAAACCUCAAAACUAGACUUGACCUGCUAAAGCCGAACAUGAGGCGMAGAGUUAAUCAAAAGAUCCUCAUGGAUGUCAAUAAGCCUAUGAAAGUCUUCAGAGAAGGACAGAAGGUGUGGGUAAGGAACUUUCUCAAAGGUGCCAAKUGGUAUCCUGGUGGRAUUAUCAAAUCUCUUGGUCCAGUAYUGUAUCAAGUUAGUGUGAAUGGUAUGGUGUGGAAGCGACAUGUAGACCAAUUGCGAGCUAGAGUGGURGACAACGUAGAGGAAGUCGUUGMUCCUGAAGUCUGUGACGUCUUGCCACCAAGUCGUAUUGCAGAAUAUGAGACAGAACCAAAGCCCAACACUAUGGCAGUUCCACCUCAGUCGGAGGUAUCGCCUAAUGUGGCCGAGCAACCUGUAUUGGAYGCUACACAGCCAACCAACGAGGACGACAAACCUGAUGAAAGUGCUUCAUUGAGGACUACCCGUUACGGCAGAGUWGUGCGACCACCCAUAAGAUACCGGGACACUAACUGA